AUGUCAAAGUCGAUGCAAUUGAAGGAGGAGGGCAACAAAUGCUUUCAAGCAGGCGACUAUGCCGGCGCCGAUAGCCUCUACUCCAAGGCCAUCAUCGUCGACCCUAAGAACCCGACCCUCUACACGAACCGCGCCUUUGCCCGCCUCAAGCUCAACUACUGGGACUCUGUCGUCACCGAUUGCGAAGCAUGCCUGCGGCUCGCUCCCGAUAACAUGAAGGCACACUACUAUCUCGCCCAGGCUCAGCUCGCCCUGCGCGACUUUGAUGGCGCACUCGAGAGCGCACUCCGCGCCCACGCCAUCUGCGCAGAGUCCAACGACCGCUCCCUCGCAAACGUCACCGCCGUGGUCCUUCGGUGCAAGAAAGAGCGCUGGGAGGAGCGUGAGAGGACUCGCCUCCGCGAGACCAAGGACUUGGAGAGGGAGGUCAUUGAGCUUCUUGGCAGGGAUAGGGACGCUAUGCUGGCGGAGACGGACGACGGCAUGGAGAAACAAGAGAUUGAAGAGGAAACUGCGGCAAAGAUUGAAAGAAUGAAGGAGAUAUUCGAAAAGGCGCGAGACGGCAGCGAGAAGAAGCGCGAGGUGCCCGACUGGGCGAUCGAUGACAUCAGUUUUGGUAUCAUGGUUGAUCCCGUCAUCACAAAGACUGGAAAAUCAUAUGAGCGCGCCUCCAUCAUGGAACAUCUCCGACGACAUCCUAGCGACCCUCUUACCCGUGAACCCCUCCACCAGUCAGAGCUGCGACCCAACCGGGGCCUGAAGCAGGCCUGUGAUGAGUUCCUCGAGGAGAACGGCUGGGCUGUUGACUGGUAG